CCUGUCAGAGUGCGACAUUUGUGCCCGCACUGCGCAGUGCCGUGUCGCUCACGCUCCGGGACGCACGCAUGUCGCGAGUUAUUAUUUAAUGAUGUCUCGCAUUUUGAACGUAAUCAAAGUGCAGCUGCGCAGAGACGUGGCUGCGCGUCGAGGGACCGCGCGGCUGCCACUGAGGACCAUCUGCUGCACUGCGAGAAAACGCGCUGAAGACAGGAAUGAGUCGUCAGUCCUGGGAAAGCGGUGGAAGGACACGGCAGAGACCGUCGUCAUCGGCGGUGGGUGCGUGGGGGUCAGCCUGGCGUAUCACCUGGCCAAAGGGGGCAUGAAAGACGUGGUGCUGCUGGAGAAGAGCGAGCUGACAGCUGGAUCCACCUGGCACGCUGCUGGUUUGACAACAUAUUACCACCCUGGCAUCAACCUCAAGAAAGUCCACUAUGACAGCAUUAAACUGUACGAGAGUCUGGAGGCUGAAACUGGACAGGCGGUGGGCUUUCACCAGCCGGGCAGUGUCCGUAUUGCCUCGACGCCGGCUCGCGUGGAUGAGAUGAGAUACCAGAUGACCCGCACGCACUGGCACGUGACGCCACAGUCCAUGAUCGGACCUGAAAGAGUCCAAGAGCUUUUCCCUCUGGUCAACAUAGACAAGGUGCUGGCAGGUCUGUACACCCCUGAAGACGGCCACAUUGACCCGUACUCUCUGACUAUGGCUCUGGCUGCGGGGGCUCGUAUGUACGGCGCACAGAUCUACAACCCUGCCCCCGUCACUGCCCUCAAACCAACCGCUGAUGGCAAGUGGGACGUGGAGACUCCGCAUGGAACAAUCCGCGCCAAUCGGAUUGUCAACUCUGCAGGAUUCUGGGCCAGGGAAGUGGGUCAGAUGAUUGGGUACGAACACCCAACCAUCCCUGUGCAUCACCAGUACGUAGUGACCGCAACAGUUCCAGAGGUGAAGGCUCUGAAAAAGGAACUGGCGGUCAUCAGAGACUUGGAGGGCUCUUACUACUUGCGUCAGGAGAGAGACGGUCUGCUGUUUGGCCCAUAUGAACAGAUGGAGAAGAUGGUGCUGCAGGACUCCUGGGUCCGAGACGGUGUUCCUCCAGGUUUUGGUAAAGAACUGUUUGAGUCAGACCUUGACAGGAUAAUGGAGCAUGUGGAGAUGGCCAUGGAGAUGGUCCCGGUGCUGAAGAAAGCGGACAUUAUCAACAUCGUGUCUGGACCAAUCACAUACACCCCUGACCUGCUGCCCAUGGUGGGACCGCAACAGGGAGUUCGCAACUACUGGAAUGCUAUUGGCUUUGGGUACGGUGUUAUCCACGCUGGUGGUAUUGGCAAAUUCCUCGGUGACUGGAUCAGGAAUGGAGAGCCUCCCUACGACCUGAUCGAGUGUGACCCCAACCGCUAUGGCAAAUGGGCGGAUGUGCCUUUCAUGUGUGCCAAAGCCCGAGAAUCCUACGGCUUCAACAACGUGGUCGGUUACCCCAAAGAGGAGCGCUUUGCCGGCCGGCCAACCAGCCGAACAAGUGGCGUUUACGAGCUGCUGAAAGACAAGUGCUCCAUGGGCUUUCAUACUGGCUGGGAACAGCCACACUGGUUCCACAAACCUGGAGAUGACACUGGAUACAAGCCCAGUUUCUGUCGCACAAACUGGUUUGGACCCGUUGGUAGAGAGUGUAAGCUGAUCAUGGAGAAGGUGGGAGUGAUCGAUCUGACUCCUUUUGGCAAGUUCAUUGUGAAGGGGAAGGACUCCCUGAAGCUGCUGGACCGCCUCUUUGCUAACACCAUGCCGAAGGUGGGCCUGACUAAUAUCAGCCACAUGUUGACGCCCACUGGGAAGGUUUUUGCUGAGGUCACCAUCACCCAGCUGACACCAGGAGAGUUCCUGCUCAUCACCGGCUCGGGGUCAGAGCUACAUGACCUCAGGUGGAUCGAAGCGGAGGCCGCAGAUGGCGGAUAUGAUGUCGACAUCAGCAACGUGACGGAUGAAAUCGGCGUGCUGGGAAUCGCAGGACCAAACUCGCGCAAAGUCCUCCAGAAACUGACCGACGAGGACAUGAGUGACGCAGGAUUCAAAUUCCUCAACUGCAAGUCCAUCAAGCUUGGCGGCAUUCCUCUCCGCGCCAUCCGAAUUUCCUACACCGGUGAGCUCGGCUGGGAACUGUACAUUGAUCAGAAGAACAUGGCAGCUGUGUACGAGGCCAUGAUGGAAGCAGGAAAAGAUGAAGGCAUUGAUAAUUUUGGCACCUACGCGAUGGCCUCUCUCAGAUUGGAGAAAGGCUUUAGAGGCUGGGGAGCUGAGAUGAACUGUGACACCAAUCCCCUGGAGGCCGGCCUGGAUUAUUUCAUCAAACUAAACAAGCCGGCUGACUUCAUCGGCAAAGCGGCGCUUCAGGAGAUUAAAGCCAAAGGCCUGAAGAGGAAGCUGUCCUACAUCACAGUAGAUACAGAUAACAUUGAUCCAGAGGGCAAUGAGACUGUCUGGCUCAAUGGCAAGGUGGUCGGCAACACGACGUCUGGUGCCUACAGCUACAGCAGCCAGCAGAGCCUGGCGUUUGCAUACCUGCCCCUGGAGCUGUGUUCUGUGGGCCAGAAGGUGGAGGUGGAACUGCUGGGGAGGAAAUACCCGGCCAUGGUCAUCCAGGAACCCUUAGUCCUCACCGAGCCCACAAGGACCCGGCUGCAGAAGAAAGCAAAGAGUAAAGCAUAAGCAGCAACUGGUCCUGGAUCAGUUUGUCACCGGCGAAUAAAGAACGAUGCCACUGUGAAUUAUGAGUGAGAGGGUGAUGGGUUAAAGGUGUGAAGGGAAGCGAAUCAUGUGCAGUCAGUGCCGUGUCCUGUGGAACACCAACCAUGUGACGGUUCAGAGUGGCUAAACAAUGGCCUUUUACAGUAACACAAACUGCUGCGUGAUGCCUUUGUGCCACAGUGUCUUAAAAUGUCGGAAGAGUAAUUUAAUUUUUUAUUGUAAUUCCAUGGUUUACAGGUGAAUUUGUUUUGGGGGGGGAGGGAAAUCAACUUGUUAGCCUAAAGAAACAGAAUGUUUGCAAACUUCAAAAUCAGCUCAUUAUGUAUAUAAAUUGGUGUACAUUCAUACCUUGAUAAUUAAAGCAAUGCACACACUGUCUUGCGACUCCCUCCUCCCUCCUCCAUCCUGUCCGUCUCCCCACUUCCUCCUACCUGAAGCAUUUACUGUUCCUGUGCGAUGACAAUAAAGGCUUUCUAUUCUA